CGAAGCUGAAGGUGGCGGUCGCACAUCUAAGCCCAAAAAAGAGGAAGAAGAAGAGGAAGAAAUUGUGAAGCUUGAAAGGAACGGGUAAAAUGUGUAAAGUGCAAAGUGUGGGAGUGCUGGUGAAGCAGCAGCUGACUGCGGCUGCAGAAGAGAUAUUUGGACUGUUUGAGACAACCAUAUCAGAGUAUGAAGACGAGAUCAGUCGUCUGUGCAGACUGCUGGAGGAUGAUGCAGAUAUCCAGCGGGUGUUGGUGGGUAAAGAAGAGGUUCCCUCUGAGCAGCAGCAGCACCCAGAGCCCCGACACAUUAAAGAGGAGCAGGAGGAGGUGUGGAGCAGCCAGGAGGGCGAGCAGCUUCAAGGACUGAAAGUAGAGGAUGAUACCACUGAGUUUGCAGUCACUGCUGUGCCUGUGAAGGGUGGACCAAAGUUUCAGUUACCUACACUGAAGUUAAAGCAGACGCAGGCAGCUGCUGGACUGCUGGUGAAGCAGCGUCUUACUGCAGCCGUUGAACAGAUAGUUGAGCUGUUUGAAAGGACAUUAACAGAGUACGAGAGGAAACUUUCUCAGUCAAAUGAAGAGAUCGGCCAACAACGUAAACUACUGGACGCUGUGUUAAAGCCUGAAGUGCGGUUAUACAGAGCAGACGUCCAGCAGGUGUUGGUGUGUAAAGAAGAGGUUCCCUCCGAUCAGCAGCACCCAGAGCCCCGACACAUUAAAGAGGAACAGGAGGAGGUGUGGAGCAGCCAGGAGGGCGAGCAGCUUCAGGGACUGGAGGAAGACGAUAUCAUCAAGUUCCCGUUCGCUGCUGUGAAGAGUGAAGAUGAUGAGGAGAAAGCUCAGACCUCACAGCUUCAUCAAAUUCAAACCGAUGAACAGAUGGUAACAGCGGCUGAUGGAGACGACUGCGGAGGAUCAGAACCAGCCAGGAACUCAGAUCCAGCGAGUGAUGACAACAACUCCGUCUCCUCGGGGGCUGAGACGGAGGACAGUGACGAUGUUUGGAGGGAGUCCAGUGAACCUCAGUCGCAUUUAGAUGCUUUGAAAAAAGCCAAUUCUCAAAGUGUGAAAAAUUUCAUUUGUGUUGUUUGUGGUAAAAUACUUUGUUCCAAGAGGAGUAUUUACAGUCACAUGACCGUGCACGUGGAGCAUGAGUCCUUCAUUUGUCCGAUAUGUGGGAAAACGUUCACUCAUCAGCGAACAUUACUUUCACACAUGAAAAUUCACGUGGAUGGAAAACCCUUCAGCUGCUCAGUGUGUAAAAAAGGAUUUAACCAGCGUCGAUCAUUGAUCGAACACAUAAGAACCCACACAGGAGAGAAACCCUACAGCUGCUCCGUGUGUAACAAAAGCUUUCACAGGAGAGGAGUGUGGAUCGUCCACACCAGGAGUCACGCAGAGGAGAAACCCUUCAGCUGCUCGCUGUGCGGGAAAAAGUUUGGCCAUCAAGCACAUCUGAGAAGACACGAGAAACGCCACUCAGCAGAGAAACCCUUCAGUUGUACAAUCUGCGGGAGAUGUUUCAAUGACAAAGGACAUCUUAAAAGACACACGAGGCUGCACACGGGAGAGAAGACAUUUGGUUGUGAUGUUUGUGGGAGAAAGUUCUUCCAACAGAACCAUUUAAAAACCCAUAAAUGUGUCGUCUUUCCCACCGAUCCUUAAACGUUGGGUUUAUUUCUGAGACCACCUUUGCACUCCUAUAGUUUUUAUGCCACGACCAGAGGCGUUAUUUUGGGUUCUCCGUCCAUUUGUCCAUCCUAUUCUUAUGAAUGCAUUAUCUCAAGAACGCCUUGAGGGAUUUUUUCAAAUGUGGCACAAACGUCCACCGGGACUCAAACAUGAAUUGCUUUGAUUUUGGUGGUCAGAGGUCAAAGUCACUGUGACCUUGCGACCAUCUCAUUAUUGUG